CUAAUUCUUACUGAAAUAGCCUUUUAUUUUUCUUUCAGUAAUUGCCCGUCCUUUUUGGCUGCUGCUUUAGCCAGAGCCACAUCAGAUGAAGUCCUUCAGAGUGAUCUUUCUGCACAUUACAUCCCAAAGGAAGCGGAUGGCACAGAAGGAACUGUGGAGAUUGAGACAGUGAAAUUGGCCCGUUCUGUCUUCAGCAAACUACAUGAGAUUUGCUGCAGCUGGGUGAAAGACUUCCCUCUCCGCAGGAGACCCCAGCUUUAUUAUGAGACAUCAAUCCAUGCCAUCAAAAACAUGCGCAGGAAAAUGGAGGACAAACAUGUCUGCAUUCCUGACUUUAAUAUGCUCUUCAACCUAGAGGACCAGGAAGAACAAGCUUACUUUGCAGUGUUUGAUGGCCACGGAGGAGUGGAUGCUGCCAUUUAUGCCUCCAUUCACCUGCAUGUUAACUUGGUACGCCAGGAGAUGUUCCCCCAUGAUCCUGCUGAAGCCUUGUGCCGGGCCUUUCGGGUCACUGAUGAACGGUUUGUACAGAAAGCAGCCAGGGAGAGCUUAAGAUGUGGGACCACAGGAGUGGUGACUUUUAUCAGAGGCAACAUGCUACAUGUAGCCUGGGUGGGUGAUUCCCAGGUUAUGCUUGUGAGAAAGGGCCAAGCUGUUGAACUAAUGAAGCCACACAAACCAGACAGAGAAGAUGAAAAGCAGCGAAUUGAGGCCCUGGGAGGUUGUGUAGUCUGGUUUGGUGCCUGGCGAGUGAAUGGAAGUCUAUCAGUCUCCAGAGCUAUUGGAGAUGCUGAACAUAAGCCAUAUAUCUGUGGGGAUGCAGAUUCCGCCUCUACUGUGUUGGAUGGAACUGAAGACUACCUCAUUCUGGCCUGCGAUGGCUUCUAUGACACCGUGAACCCUGAUGAGGCGGUGAAAGUUGUAUCUGAUCACUUGAAGGAGAAUAAUGGAGACAGCAGCAUGGUUGCCCACAAAUUAGUGGCGUCAGCUCGUGAUGCUGGGUCAAGUGAUAACAUCACAGUUAUUGUGGUUUUCCUGAGGGACAUGAACAAAGCUGAAAACGUUAGUGAGGAAUCAGACUGGACAGAGAACUCCUUUCAAGGAGGGCAAGAAGAUGGUGGGGAUGAUAAGGAAAAUCAUGGAGAGUGCAAACGCCCUUGGCCUCAGCACCAGUGCUCAGCACCAGCCGACCUAGGUUAUGAUGGGCGUGUGGAUUCAUUCACUGACAGAACUAGCCUGAGCCCAGAGUCCCAAAUCAACGUGCUGGAAGACCCAGGCUACCUAGAUCUCACACAAGUAGAAGCAAGCAAACCUCACAGUGCUCAGUUUUUGCCACCUGUUGAGAUGUUUGGUCCUGGUGCACCAAAGAAAGCAAAUCUCAUUAAUGAGCUAAUAAUGGAGAAAGAAUCAGUUCAGUCAUCAUUGUCUGAAUGGAGCGGUGCUGGAGAGUUUCCCUCUUCCUUUAAUUUGGGUUCAACAGGGCAGCAGAUACACAGAAUGGAGAGUGUGUCUCCUGUCUGUCCUAGGUUGGAAAAUGAACAGUUAAAAUUCCUGGGAAAUAGAGUUUCUAGAUUAGCUCAUUUACGCUAUCACUUCUCAAAGAGGUGGCAUGGAUUCAGGUUUAAUCCAAAGUUUAAUUCAUUCCUCCCUGCUCAAGAGCCUUCCCACAAAGUAGGCACAAGCCUAUUUUCACUUACUUCACGUGGGAAAAGAAAUAGGAUGUUAAGAAGUUCUCUGCCAUGGAGGCAAGAUAGUUGGAAAGAUUAUAAUGAAAACAUGAGGAAGCUCAGAAAGAGUAAUGAUAUUCCAUACCCAGAUCUUCCCUGGAGCUGUAAAAUAUAAUACUUUGUCUUUAGAGUAGGCUAGCUAGCUCUUCUCCAAUAAAACCACCAUCAGAGUAGAAACAAGGUAGACAUUUCUGAAAUAUGUGUUCAUUAUGAAAUCAUAAAUGGCUCAAUUCUUAAAUGUAAAUAGAUCUCUAGGAAACUCAAAAUAGUGAUUUCAAUCAAAAGAAGUUUUUUGGCAGUUUCAUUAGCAAAAUUAUACAACUGAUCCCUGUAAUGUAUCUCCACAUCUACAUACAACCCCACCCCACUGCCUCUUCACACCAUUAGUGGAAGCUUGCAAGGUACUUAUUUCUGUCAGGAUACAGUGUUGAAAUCUGGUCUGAUAUGCCUAAUCUAUCUUUGGAAAACUUAACGUAGAAUUGAUUUAGUUGAGGACUGUUCCUCAAAAGACUCGGGACUAUGAGGGAAAACCCUCCCUUCCCCACUUUUUUGUUUCAAGUCAGAAGCACAUCUUCAACUAAAGACAGCAAAUAGAGUAAUAAUCAGAUUCAUUCAAUGAAGCAGCCUGAUUCUGAGAAUCAUGAAUGUCUCCACAUGACAUGUUACCCUCCCCUAGUCAACUGUGGACCAGACAAGCCAAUGGACAGGAGGUACCUGCUAUAGUGCUCAUCACUCGUACUAUGAGAUAUUGGAUACUCUUGCUGAGAAGCGUCCAAUGCCUAACCAUGCUUGUACAUAAUGCAAUUACUUUAUGUUCUCCAGAUCCACAAUGGAGGAGUCAAAUCCCUGGAUUUUAAAAUCAGAUACUUUGGGUAAAAACGGCUUCACUUUAGUGAUGAUCACAUCAUUAAUUUACAGAUUUUAUUUUAAAAAAUUGAAUGUAAUUAGACAUUUUCAGUAUUUGUUUUCCCUUGGUUUGAAGUCAUUCUUUUCUCGAGGCUUGUGACCAGAAUCUCACCAGCCUGGUAUUUUUAACCCCCACCCCCCCCAUGCACCUCACUCACAUCUUUCAUUUUCUCAAGCCUAGAUCUUGUUAACAACCCAUCAGGUGCAGUAUCAGUUUCGAAUCCAAUUAUCUAAGGAGAUAAGAAAACAGAGGCAGCAGAAUAUUGGUAUGUUAUAGUCCAGCAUUUAGCUAAGUUAAAAAAGAAAUUAAGAUUUUUCUAUAACUAAUGUUUUGAUCAGAAUAAAGCUGGUGAGAGGAAAUAAGGUACAAGUGAUAGUUUUUUUUCAGUGGGGGAAAAUGGUUGGAUGAAAUUGGGAUGAACACAGACCACAUCUUCAGGGGUCUGGAUCUUGUAGGUUUGACUACAUAAGCAGUGUUAACUCCAUUUUCAUACCAGUAGCCCUCUAGAAAAUAAAGCAAAGUAGUUCUAGUAUGAUCAAGUUAUGAAACAGUAUUGUAAAAAAUAGCAAAUUUUCAUUUGUCCACAUGCAUAUUUAUAGAGUAGUUAGGUACCAUUUGUAAGGUGAGUCCUUUAAAAUUCUAUAAUACAUAUUAAAGUAGUGGUUAUUGGUCUGAUAUAUGCUGCUCUUGGUUCUAUAAACCAGAUAAAAGCAGUGCUUUGUGAAGUGCAGUGUUAUAUCUUAAUGCCACUGGUGAUAGAAAGUAGUUCCCUUCGGUUCAAAUCCUGUGCCCUUAUUUGCUGCUUGCUGAUGUGAGCAAUAAGUAUCCUCUAACUAAUGGUUUUUACACAUUUCUGUAACUUGUACUUUAAGAUGGUGUAUCUGGUGAUUGUAAAAAUAUUAGAUAGAUAUAAAAGUAUCUAUAUAAUAUAUAUUAACUGUUAAUGCUGAGGUAUAGUCUGUGAACUCUGUGUUUUGUACUUUUACUCACUGUGUAAUUUAGUGGUGGUGAAAGUUCUAUACUCAGUCUUUAAGAGUGGCAGUAUCCCUUUUUGAAUUUAACAUGAUCUGCAUCAAUUUCUUUGCCUGCUAAAGUUUUGUUAGAAUAGGAAAUAGUAUAACAGUGUAAACAAGAAAGUAUAGUAUUGGUUAGGGAAACAGACUUCAAGUCACCAACUAAAGUGAUUAUAAAUGCCUGUACAUUCACUGUGAGUUUCAAAGGGAAUCGCCCUAAUUUGUUCACUUUCUGGAUGUGUACUGUUGAGAGCGAGGUGAUGUUAAGCAGCACUAUCACAUCAAACACUGGGGCUCUCCGUACCAGUUAGGUCUCUACUAGAGGACGGUGGAAAUACACAUGUAUAUACCUUUACUUUGCCUAAAAAUGCCAUUCAUUGUCCUCAAAUUAAUAAAAUUAAAGUUACUGUUUUAUUUAAGAGGAUGUUGAAAGUAACACCUUUUCCAAGGACAGUGUCAGCAACAUCAAUGUCAAUAUUGAGCCUGACCAUUUAUAGUGGUACAACAUCCACAUGGUGGUAUGGUGCAUCUCCCUGAUUAUCACAUUCCAUUUUGGAACACUGUGCCAGUAAGAAGUGCAACAUCCAAUGGGCAGAUGAAAAUGAUACAGAAAGUUCAGUGUUUACAGAUAAAACUGCUGUGGUUCAAGCACUUCCUUCCCCAUCAGAGGCUGGCCAAGGCUUUGUAAGAAAGUGAUGUAAAUAAUUAUUUUGAUGUUUAAACAUAAUUUGUUCACUCAAUGGUCAUUCUCACCUAAGCAAGGCCAUAAAAGGUGAUAGAUACCCACCAACUCUUCUAUUCCGACCUGUGAAUAGCUAGAUGUUUUUAAAACAAGAUACCACCAGUAUUAUAACACAACUAUUUUCCAGAUAAAUGGUACUGUGUUGAAAAACAAUUACUUCCUCUAGCAGCAUUUUAUCUUCUAUUUUGAAGAUUAUUUAUUGUACUAAUUAGGAAAUAUGAAAUAAGAUAGGGAACUCCAGACUGACACAGCAGUUGUUCUGGAAAAGGAACUACUCCAGUAAACUCUGAUGUAUUGGAUAACCCACAGAUGUAUCAUCAGUAACCUACUCUGGGUGCUCUUUGGUGAGAGACAGGCUUUGUCCUCUUGUUCAUGACAUUUCUCUGCAAAGAAAUUCUCUAUGGAGUGAAGCAAAUGAAGUAAACAUUUCUUACCAAGUAAAUUUAUCAACUUAAGAACCUGCUCUACAUCUCACUCUUGAGUUCAGUCGCAAUCACCAGUGAUCCUUCAUACUUUAUUAAAACUGUUCAUUCAGGUGAGAAGUAUGUUGAAAUUUUGCCAAUAUCUUAAUAAAACCCAGCAAUUUAAAACCA